AUGCGAUUGCUAGCAAUUUUAUUUGGUUUUCCCCUGUUGGUACAGUGUCAGAAUUUGCUUCCGAAAUCGCGUAUCAUAUGGGAUAACAGCCCAGAUUUGGACGAGUAUGCAUUGGAAGCGUUGCAAGGGGGGAUGAAGGCUGAGGACAUUCUUCUCGCGUUGCAGAGUUCCGGCAGCCAAUGGGCGAAUCAGGCGUGCGUCGAGGACGUUGAUGAUAUUGCUGGGGCUCUAAAAAAUUUCGCCGAACAUUUGCUGGUUAACCACACGUUGACGCUUACCGAAUUUGAUGCAGAAGUUACACUUAAAGUAAUCGACUCGAACGGAGGAUUUAAUGGAGGCUUUCUGAAGGGGCGAAAAAUUUUCCAAGGUCGUUUCUCGGAGUGUCGCGGCAUCAGCUACAAAAGAGAAGCUCGAUCACAUACCUGGAAAGGCGACAUGUUCAGACUCUUCUUCGGUGGUCGAAACGGUAGUACCUGCACUGGCCAGGGCACCAUUUUUGCCAUUGAUCUGUGCCUCCCUCGCUCGUGUUCAGCUGAAGAAAUCAAAGGGGCAUUGUGGGAAAAAUUAGAUCAGCUCUGUCUGAUUGGGACGAACGACGCGAAUCGUGUUAACAAAACAAACGCAACCACUUAUGUAGUAAUUAUUUUGAUGUCAAUAAUCGUCGGAAUCUCAAUCGCAGCCGGCCUGGUGGACUUUUAUUUGAUGGAUUAUCUCAAAGAAUCGAGUAUGGUUCAUGCCCUUUGGUUCAAGAUUUUCCUGGCAUUUUCAUUAUCGAAGAAUAUGAAGGAGGUGCUAAACACCGACAAUGUUAAUAAACCCGGCCAAAUCGGACCCCUGAAUUGCAUGCGAUUCUUGUCGAUGUGCUGGAUUAUCCUGAACCAUUGCAAUCUGGAAAUUCUUAGCUUUUUAUCGAAUCUUUUGGAUGUAUUGGUUGACGCUGACAAACCGGCCUUCUAUUUUCUCUCAAAUUCGUUCUUCUCCGUCGACACCUUCUUCUUUAUUGGUGGUGUUUUGCUGGCAUUUCUUUGGUUCAAAGAAUUGAAGAAAAACAGGAGGGCGACGCUUUCUGGCAAAGGGUGGCUGAUGUUUUAUGUCCACAGGAUCAUACGUUUGUCACCGAUCUACUAUCUUGCCGUAUUCUUCUGGUUUGCCGUCCUGCUUCCUUCACUUCCGGAUUCGAGCAACCGAUUGAGUGAAGUAAACCCAGAAAAAGACGCUUGCUACGAUCAUUGGUGGAUAAACAUCAUCUACCUCCAAAAUAUCGUCGAUUCAAAUGAGCAGUGUUACGGCGUCACUUGGUAUUUGGCAACGGACAUGCAAAUGUACCUAUUUACGCCGUUGCUUUUGAUACCGCUCGCUUACAAUAUGGUUCUCGGUUUGGUCGUUGCUGGCUCCAUCUUGCUACUAUCAACAGCAGCAAAUGUAUUUACCAUCUACCAUUUUCGAUACCCAGCAAUGCCACCUGUUAUCGGAAAAAUGGACCCUAAAAUCAAGAACCCAGAACACUACGUCCAAUUAAUGUACUACGCUGCCUGGAUCCGGUGUCAAGUGUACAUUAUCGGAAUUUUGGUCGGAUAUCUAUUACAGAUGAAGAAAACGAUGAAAAUCAAUAAGCUGUUGAAUUUGGUACUGUGGGGACUUUGCUUUGCGGGGAUGUUGUUUGUUGUUCCAGUACCGUCAGCGACCCACAUACAAGACCUAAUGCCGCUAUUCUGGAGAGCCGCUUAUUCAUCUCUAUCAAAACCUCUAUGGGGUAUCUGCCUUUCUUGGAUUGUUAUAUCGUGCUAUUACGGCUAUGGUGGCGUUGUCAACUCAUUUAUGUCCUGGGCUGGAUGGGCUCCUCUUGGCCGUCUAACCUAUACUGCUUAUUUAAUCCACUACUUUUUCAUUUAUUACCUUCGGGAUGUGCAUGAUGCCGAGAUUAUUUGGGGGAACUAUCUCACUAUAUUCUCGAGCUUCGCGUUCCCCGCCAUUAUUCUAACAUAUUGUACAGCAUUGUUUGCCAGUUGUUUCUUUGAGAUCUCAGUCGGAAGGGUCGAAGCCUUACUUCUAAAUGGACAUCGCAGACCUGCAGCCAAUAAGAAAAAUGGAACCCAAUGGGCUAAUCAAGCUUGUAAGGAGGAUAUAGAGGACCUUGCCGAUUCUGUAUUGACUUUUGGGAAGAAUUUGGUGAUUAAUCAUACAUUCGUGGUAACAAAAUUCGACGAGGAAGUCACGAUGAAAGACAUCUGGUUCAAGCGGUUCAUGGCAUUUUCAUUGUCCAAGAAUAUGAAAGACGGGCUGAACACUGACAAGGUCAACAAGCCUGGCCAAAUCGGGCCAUUAAACUGUAUGCGCUUUUUGUCGAUGUGCUGGAUUAUCAUGGGCCAUGCAAAUUCGUUUAUGCUGGGAUAUCUCUCCAAUAUUCGUGAAAUUGUUCGCGAUGCCGACAAACCGCUGUUUUAUAUAAUCUCGAAUUCGUACUUCUCGGUUGAUACAGAUGUUCCCGAAGAUCCAUGUCGGCAAUAUUGGUGGGUCAACUUUUUGUAUCUCCAGAACAUAGUCCAUGCCAAAGAAGAGUGCUACGGUAUCACAUGGUAUCUUGCGACUGACAUGCAAAUGUAUAUAUUUACUCCAUUGCUUCUGAUACCUUUCGCUUACAAUAUGGUCCUGGGCUUAGCGAUGGCUAGUUCCGUAUUGCUCCUAUCCACAGCCGCGAAUAUAUAUACCGUAUACCAUUUCCGUUUCCCUGGUUUCCCUCCAGCCCUCAAUGCUCAAGACCCGAAAGUGAAACAUGCUGAUGACUACAGUAUGCUAAUGUAUGAGGCACCCUGGAUUCGAUGUCAAGUGUACAUUAUCGGAAUUUUGGUCGGCUAUCUUCUGCAUAAUAAGAAAACCAUAAGGAUAAACAAAACUCUAAACCUACCGCUUUUUCUAUUGAGCUUUGCGGUAAUGCUUUUUGUGGUGAUGAUUCCAUCUGCAAAUCCACACCAACACUUAAUGCCGCUAUUCUGGAGAGCUGCGUACUCUGCACUAUCAAAACCUCUCUGGGGUCUUUGUCUUUCUUGGAUUGUGAUAUCAUGCUAUUACGGCUAUGGCGGGUUAGUAAACUCGUUUAUGUCAUGGCCGGGAUGGGCCCCGCUUGGCCGACUAACCUAUACAGCCUAUUUAAUACAUUUCCUGAUCAUCUACUAUUUUAUCGACAUCCAUGAGCCUGAAAUAUUUUGGGGAAACUUUCUGGAUCUGUUUGCGAACUUCACAGCUCCGGCGAUUUUGAUUACCUACGUUCUAUCUUUAUUCUGGAGUUGCCUUUUUGAGGUGUCAAUCGGAAAGGUGGAAGCUCUUUUACUGGGCACUCACAGGAGAAGGGGAGGCGAGAAAUUGGAGCAAGAGAAGCCCAUAAUAGAAAAUGGAGUUGCGGGUCAAGAUCGGCAAAAUGAGGUCAACCUGUUCCGCUUUUACUUCGGGCUUGUGAUGAGGGCAUUUGGCCUUCUAUUAGUGCUUCCAUUGUUCGCCAGGUGCCAGGAAUGGAUCCCCAGGUCGAGCAUGAGGUGGGAGGAGGAGCCCGACUUUCAGUAUAUUGCCGACUUGCUCAAAAGUGGAUUAAAACUGGAAGAAUUCAUUCAAGGGUUACAGAAACCCGGAACCCAAUGGGCAAAUCAGGGCUGCAUGGAAGAUAUUGAGGACCUGGCCACCUCUUUAGCUGAUUUUGGAAAGAAUCUGUUGAUCAACCAUACGGUGGCUCUCACUGAAUUUGAUCAAGAAGUCACACUCAAAGCACUUUGGUUCAAGCUUUUCAUGGCAUUUUCACUUUCGAAGAAUAUGAUCGAUGUGCUGAGCACUGCUAAUGUUAAUAAGCCCGGCCAAAUCGGACCUUUGAAUUGCAUGCGAUUUUUAUCAAUGUGCUGGAUUAUCAUGGGGCAUUCGAAUUCGGACAUGUUGGCUUUUAUUUCGAACGUUCGUAAAAUGGUCAUGGACGCUGAUAAGCCGCCAUUUUAUCUCUUAUCCAAUGCAUUCUUUUCGGUUGAUACAUUCUUCUUUACAGGCGGUGUUUUACUGUCUUUUAUUUGGUUCAAAGAAUUGAAGCGAAAUCGCCGAGCUACGCUUUACGGGAAAGCUUGGUUGAUGUUUUAUGUUCACAGGAUUAUAAGAAAGCCAACUGAAGACUCGUGUCGUCGAUAUUGGUGGGCCGACUUUUUGUACGUUCAAAAUCUCGUCCAUCCGCAUCAGCAGUGUUACGGUGUGACCUGGUAUCUGGCAACGGAUAUGCAAAUGUACGUCUUCACACCACUACUUUUGAUACCUCUCGCUUACAACGUGGUAAGU